AUGCCGUGCACGACGCCGCGCGUCGCCAUGAUGCGCAGCAGCUGCGCGUACUCGUUGCGCCUGCGCGCCGCCUCCUCCGAGUCGCCCGGCUGCGCGUGCAGCUUGCGCAGCCACUCCGUCACGCGCACGCGGUCUGCCUCACGCGCCCGCGCGCGCGCGAUUAGGCGCGCCGUCCACGUCAAGCGAAAGGGGCGUUCUUUGAGGCUGCAUCCCCUUGGAAACAAACCUAUCACUGCUCAGGUUCAGACUUAUAAGCAGAAUCACAAAAUGAAGACAGAAGAAUACUCACUGGAGCUUUGGCUGUUAUGUUGUAAUCGUGAGCAUGUCCCAGAGAGCCACUUAUUUCUUGGAGAUGUCACAAAAGAAUAA